AGUUCAGGUACUAAAUCCUAUGGGAGUGCAGCCCUGAGUCAGAGUUCUCCUACACUGAAAACCUUUCCUCACACAGAAAAUGGAAGACGAAAUUGCCGCCCUCGUUGUUGACAACGGAUCUGGUAUGUGCAAAGCUGGCUUUGCAGGAGAUGAUGCUCCACGUGCUGUGUUCCCCUCUAUUGUUGGACGCCCCAGGCAUCAGGGUGUAAUGGUUGGUAUGGGCCAGAAGGACAGCUAUGUUGGUGAUGAGGCACAGAGCAAAAGAGGAAUCCUGACCCUCAAGUACCCCAUUGAGCACGGAAUUGUCAACAACUGGGAUGACAUGGAGAAGAUCUGGCAUCACACCUUCUACAAUGAGCUGAGAGUUGCCCCUGAGGAGCAUCCAGUCCUGCUCACAGAGGCCCCCCUGAACCCCAAGUCAAACAGGGAAAAGAUGACGCAGAUCAUGUUUGAGACCUUCAACACUCCUGCCAUGUAUGUGGCCAUCCAGGCAGUGCUGUCCCUGUACGCCUCUGGUCGUACCACUGGUAUUGUCAUGGACUCCGGUGAUGGUGUGUCCCACACUGUGCCCAUCUAUGAAGGCUACGCUCUGCCCCAUGCCAUUGUCAGGUUGGACCUGGCUGGCAGGGACCUCACAGACUACCUCAUGAAAAUCCUGACUGAGAGAGGCCACAGCUUCACCACCACAGCUGAGCGUGAGAUUGUGCGUGAUAUUAAGGAAAAGCUGUGCUACGUUGCACUGGACUUUGAGCAGGAGAUGGGAACUGCUGCCUGCUCUUCAUCCCUGGAGAAGAGCUAUGAGCUGCCUGAUGGACAGGUCAUCACUAUUGGGAACGAGAGGUUCCGUUGCCCAGAGGCUCUCUUCCAGCCCACAUUCCUUGGUAUGGAGGCCUGUGGUAUCCAUGAAACUACCUAUAACAGCAUCAUGAAGUGCGAUGUGGACAUCCGUAAGGACCUGUACGCCAACACUGUGCUGUCUGGAGGUACCACCAUGUAUCCUGGCAUUGCUGACCGCAUGCAGAAGGAGAUCACUUCCCUGGCACCCAGCACCAUGAAGAUCAAGAUUAUUGCUCCCCCAGAGAGGAAGUACUCUGUAUGGAUUGGAGGCUCCAUCCUGGCUUCUCUGUCCACCUUCCAGCAGAUGUGGAUCAGCAAGCAGGAGUACGAUGAGUCCGGCCCCAGCAUCGUCCACAGAAAGUGCUUCUAGACAGA